UUCACGAUUUACUUUUUUAUUUCUCAUCGUUGCGAUCGAAGAACGAAAAGUCUGAUCGAAAGUAUGAUUUGAAGUAUCUUUUAACAGUCUAACAGUAACAUUCCAUUCAGAAUGGAUGAUUCAAAGAGUGUCUGGCUUUGCCUUCCGGACAGCCUCGUCCUUCAGAUCUUCACCUACCUCUCCUCAGCUGAACUCUUGAGGGCAGCACAGUCCUGCAAAGCGUGGCAUCGUAUCAGCAAAGAUGAGCUACUGUGGAAGGCGCUGUUGUACGAGGAAUGGAAGAUCGACCGAUGCAUGCCUUUACCACCAGGUCAUACCUCCUUCUUCCGUGAAUUCCGACGGCUCAAAUGUCACGUUCCAUGCAUUGAGGUUCAGGUCCUGAGGGAGCACACCGAUCAGGUGCUCCAUGUCAGCUUCUCUCACAACGGGAAGAUGUUUGCUACCUGCUCAAAAGACGGAACCAUUAAAGUUUGGAAGACUGGCCCGCCGAUCUCGCUGAAGUAUAGUCGCGCUAUGAAGGAGCUCUUCCGAUGGCAAUAUACGCAGUUCUCACAGUUUAACGCUUGUGACACACUGCUACUGGUAUCCGGCGUUCACUUCGGACCGAACAGUACAUCGGGAGAAAUUGCCGUAUUCAACCUUAAAGACGACUUUGCGCUUCAGGCACGUGUGCUCAACAAGCCGUACGACAUCUUCGGCUGCUGGCUGAAUAGCUCCCAUCUCCUGUCCGGCAAUCUCCACUACCUAGGCCACCUUUCCUCUUGCUCUGCCCUCUGGCUCAACAAAGCCACUCAGGAAGUCCUUUCUGAACAAGAGUCUGUCAUCAUGCGUCUGUUUAAAUUCCUAAACAUUAAUGCCAGCUCUGUGCGGAGCAUCACCGUUGCAAACUGUCGGAACCUCGGCAAAGGAGAGGACUAUAUUAAGACACCUCCACAGACGGUUAACUACAGGGAAUACGACUCCUCCUCACACACUGGCUUGAACUCCAGUGGACCACUGCCAGACUCAAGCGAAAGUGAACUCGAGGGUAGAGUCGGUGCGCCUUGCUCAUACAUGUACGAGAGCGACACAGAAAUGACUGCCAGUGAAAGCGAAGUUGGACAAAGCGGAACUGAGGGGUCGAGGGAUCUGGUUGGGGAAUCUAUGGACCCAGAUCAGAGUGCAAGUAGGGCAUUGCCCAAAGGGUCUGAUACCUGGCCUGCCCUACAUCAGAGUCGGAGUGAUCCGUGUCUACCGUCCGAGGACACGGACCAAGCAAGAAAAGCUCGUGCAAUAGCAAACAUCAACCAGCUUUACCAGCAGCAACGUCGGCAGCAAUCCCACCACAACGCCUCGGCGUCCCAUCUCGUGCAAUCAAGCGAAGUCAGCUCUGAUGACGCCACAUUAGCCCAGGCCCGACCGACAAAGCAGUCAAACCCACUGGGGGUGUCCAAGCCAAAGCGCUCCCCGGUCAAGAGGGAUGUUAGCGAUGUCAGCGGAACGCCACCGGAUGCUCUGAGGAAGAGUCUACGCACCGAGGCAGCAGCUCCAGACGACAGCCAGCCAAGUACGUCAUCAGGUUCUGCCAACAGCGCUCCUGUCAAUAGAGGGCCUGCGGACACCUGCUAUAAAAGCCUAUGGCUGAGAGUCCGACAGGCUGAGAUGAGACGGGGCGGCGAGAAUUACGACGAGGAUUUAUUUAGGAUCCUGAUAGAAGGGAUUAAUCCGAAUUACCGGGCGGCCCAGUGUGAGGAUCAUGCUGAUAUGGGAGGGAACUGGUCUACAAAGGGGGGAGCUGGAAAGGAUGUGGCUUCAAGCAGCAAUGCAGGAGAAGCUUCAGGACUUCAUCAACCGCUAGAUAUGAGGGAGAGUCAGAAUACAGUAAGCUCUCGCUGCAGCUCAAGUGACACUGUCCUGUCCAGCCCGGACUGCGACCACUCCUCAUCCCUCACCUUCGCCGCUGAGAGCAGCAGCGCCAGUGAUAUCAUCCGAGCCUGGGGGAAACAGUUCAACUUCGGAAGCACGGAGAGUCUUGAUGACGAACCAUCCAUCCAUUACCCGGAUCGCCGGCGUGGAUUCAGCGACCCGGAACUAUCACGGCAACACUCUGGGCAGCGUGACGCCCUCCCACAACUUCGGACAGAGAGUGAAGAGAUCAGCAACAUGUCCAGCAGCAGCAUGUCGGACUCACAGUCGCAGGAUUACUCGUACAAAACUCAUAAAGUUCGCCGGCGAAAGCUGUCACCAAAGGAGGAGCACCAGCAUUUGAUCUUUACUCGGGGCAGCCAGGCGUAUACGCCGCAUCAGAUCGGAAUCAAACGGAUUGAUUCAACGAUGGCUAACACCCUGAAGGGGCCGCUUGGGGCGAGCUGCAAGCCGGAGGAGACCAGGGAAGAGCGCGGGAUGGGGCAGGACAGGGAGCCGGAUCAGCCCGGGGGCGUCGAGUUUGAUAAGGUGGAUCAUGUCAUUGAGCUGAAUGGCCAUGCCAUAGGGAUGGCACUAUCGCCAGAUCACAGGUACCUCUACGUAAAUUGUCGUUGCUGGCCACGAGAUUAUGUAAUCUCAGACCCUCUGACACCGCCCCCUAUUGCCCAGGAAAUCGAGAUCCGAGUCUACGAUCUCAUAAACCUCACCGAAGUUAAAAGACUUCAUGGGCACAAAGCAUUCUCUCCUAACGACGAAUUCAACUUCAUCUUUCUGGAUGUCAGUGACCUGUAUGUGGCAAGUGGGGCCGAGGACCGACAGGGUUACAUAUGGGAUCGCUACUACGGGAUCCUUCUUGCCAAACUCGCCCAUCGAGAUGUCGUCAACUCAGUCGCCUUCAACCCACGGGAUCCAGAGAUGAUGAUUACAGCCAGCGAUGACCACACCCUGAAGGUGUGGUUCUCACAUCACAAGGCCAUGAUGGCAAAAGAAGUGGGUCAUUGACCUCUGGUGACCCUUGACCCCUGAGUGACCUAGGCCCAAUUUCAUAACGCAUGUAUUGUAAGCACACUUAACCACCACAGAAAAGAUACAUAUUGCUUGGUAGAAACUGUUGCUGAAAUUCCAUAAAGUUAAUAUUGUUGUGGCUGGUGCCUCGCCCCUUAUUUGCUUAGCGUAGAAAUUGUCUAAGCAGUAUUUUGUGCCCAACAGCUUUUAUGACAUUGGGCACCUGUUGUCAUUAAACUAUGCUUACAUUUGGUUUAAUGUUUGAGAAACAUAAAUUUUCCAUGAGUACUCUCUGCACCAUUGCUGGUGUAUAGUCAUUAUCGGAAUUGCGUCACACUCGGUAGUACAUGUACCAACUGACUACGCAUUGUUUUUCCUUGCACAAAAAUAAACAAUUUUCAAUACUUGAUGUGGCAAGGCAGUAAGCAAAGUUCACUUUGAAUUCGAAAAUGGCGAAACUGCAAUUUCGAUCCCAACUUGAUAUGCAUGGGUGAAGUGUGACCUUAGCUGAAGUGAAAGCACCAGUGAGCAAUGCAAUUAUAUUGCAUUUUGUUUUACUCGUUUCAGUAUUAAAAUAUAAUCCAUUAAUGACUUUAUCAUAUGUGCUGCUUUCACUGUGUUAAUUCACGACCAUAGCGGCCAUGAGCGGCUUGUACCAAAAUUGUGUACAGUAUAAGAAUUAUGUUAACUGUCAAUAACGCAUGUAAAAGAAGAAAAAAAAGUGUGUUAUUUUUUGGGUGCCUUUACUUUUUUCUAUUUUGGUGCUCACAUGGUCUUGAAAACCAUAGUUUAUUUUGGAACCUCUUUUAAAAAGUUAUUUUGCAUGCAAAAAUAUCUUGUAAAAUAUAAACCAACUAUAUUUCAAUGUUAUAAGUUUUGAUUAAGUUUGGCUGGUAACUGGUUGCAGUAAGUGGAUAUGAGAUUGUUUUGACCUUUGAAAUUGAGUUAUUAUAAUAAAAUGCAGUUCUUCUAUAGCGCUUCAUCACAACUGAGGGGCGUCUGAAGCCCUCAGUAUUUUGUUCUGCAAGGUAUGCACAGCUACAUGUAUGUUCAAAAUACAAGACAAAUUUAUUUACAUAGCACCAUGUAAUGGCUUACAGUUUUGACUAAGUGCUGUGGCAUAAACUGCAACCAAACACAACAGAAAACACUGGGGUGAACCUCCUCCUCUUUUAGACAAAUGCACUGGAUUCAUUUAUGUGCGUUACACAACACACCUAUAGCUGAAUGUCCAAUUCUAAGGACGAAGCAAUAUGGUUAGAAACGCCAUUAUUAAGUGUUGAGGUUGUUAUGAAUAGUUAGUAUAAUACAGAUCAGAGCACUAAACCCUGUACAGUUUAUGAUACUUAGUUCAUCUAAGUUAGUUAACCAUAACCAGAGUAUGACAAAGGAAUAUCUUUACAUGUUUAGCUGGCGCUCUGAAGCAUGGGAACCAGUCUGUUGCUCGUCAGAAAGGAUGGAUCUUGCAUCGUGUGAGAAAAAGAUUUCCCUAUUGGAACAUCACAGCAAGACGACAGGAGCCGGUGGUUGGCAAAACCAUUGAUAUCCUUCACUGCAAAAAAUACAACAAUUUAUCAAUGUCACUGAUAAUUCAGCUUUGCUACCCCAAACAAAAAAUACGCAUUAGUUUUCUUUAAAAAACUUGUUUAAUUGCAAAAAUUGUUUGAGAAGAAAGGUCUAUCUGGAGUAUAUUCAGGGAAACAUCCAAAAUGGCUGCCAUUUGCUAAGAUGGAAAUCAAUAAAGUCAACAUGUAACUAGGGCUGUGUCUGAAUGAGCAGCUACGGCUAUGGCUAGAUCACCACAUCGUUAAUAGAUAGGACAGCCAUAGAAACACCCUUAGCAACAGCCAUAGCUGCAGCCACAAAUUCAGAUACAGCCUUACCAAGAAUCUUAGUUUAGUAACAGAACUUUGUAUAUAGAUUUCGGGAAUAAUAUUGUAUUUAUGUGCAAUUUAAUACACAACAUCACUAAUAAAACACAGUUAUCAUUUA